AAAUUAUUUAUGGCUGUCUCGACCAACAUGGCUGCAGAGGUCGAUUCGCCGACUUAAAGUUGUUUACCACGUAAAUUUACCAAAAUAGCGGCAGUUUUCGGAAGAAAAAUCUUGGGAACACUUCAUUUCCUUGAAUAUACGUACUGUAAUGCAGUGUGGAUUGGGUAAUGCAGCUGAAAUGUGGCAAAAAUGGCUUCGGUUUUUGACGGUAUAAAAUCAGUUGUUGAAGAGAGGCUCUCGCCCGCUAAAACACCCUUUUUUACGUCGGUUGACUGCAACCAGCGAGAUGUYCUUAUUGAAGGUGAAUUUAUCGAGUUAAAUGAUCAACUUUGGAUCGAUAAACAUGUUCGCAUUCUGGUUACAUCGGAGUUCUUGUAUUUAACUGAGGAAGGAUCAAAAACCCAAAUCAAAAAGCAGUCACAUGUGUUGCAACCAGACCCAGCCAAGACUGUAUUGAAGUUCGACCGUAGCGAUAUUGAACUGGAGUUGAUCGAGGGAUGUCAGUAUACAUUUAGAGCUAAAUGGAGUGGCGAUGAAGCUUGGAAAACAUACCGUUUGUGCGGACAAGUUAGCGAUCAGGAAUGGUUGAAGUGGAUUCGAUGUUUUCAGCUAUGUACAAGUAGUUUGGAUACACCCGUGCCUAUGGCGAUCCCCGAGACGAUCAAUACUGAUAUUUCUUCAUCAGAUGAUGAAGAUGAUGACGCWGAAGCAGAAGAGGUUUCAUUGCCGAAAUGUUUGCCAUUGUGUGUGGACCGAGCGAUGUCUAUGUUAAGUAUGACUAUGCUUAACCCUAGCAAUGUUAGGAAGCUCGCUUUCUCGAAUUUACAAGAUAAAUAUCAAAAAACCGCAUCUCUGGGGACUAUUGGAAGCGAAAAUGAAGAUGUUUUCGAAUCUGUCGAAGCUGGCACGCUAUUUCCUUCGACUUCAUAUCCAAGAUUGUCUUUUACUAAACCUUUUUGCACAUUUUCAUUAAUGAAUGUCUCUGAUCUCGAGAAUGUAAACAUUGAUAAUGACCUGAAAUCCAAGAGGGGUCUCAGAGAAUCCCUGGAUCAAGGGUAUGUUCAACAAAUUAAAUCAAAAUCACUCAAUAAACAAAGAAAAACAGCUAAAUUCCAAAACAUCACAGCAACAGAAAUAACACUGCAAAAUAGAAUAGAUCAUCUACGUGCYCAUCCUAGCAAUUUAAACUUUGUACGUAGGCACUUGUGGGAUGAAAAAACUCUUUCUGUCCCCUCUGCUGUUCAUAACCGAAGGCUGUCACUCUCAUUAGCCCUAACCUGCGAUUCUAAUAGAAUACCRCAGAGUACAGAGCAUUUGCAAUUAGGGGAUAUGAACCCAGCUAAGCGGGCACUCCAGCGCACAGAGAGUUCACCAGCUAGACAACUAUAUAUGUCAAAUACAAAGGCAACRACAACACCUAUUAUCAAAACCCCAGUAGCACGAAGACUGAACUUUAAAGAUGACAUGGCAAUAGAUGUAAACAUCCCUGACCAGAAACCACAAAAAGCAAAAGUGCGCAGGUUUUUAACAAUUCUUCAAAAGAAACGGACCCGGAAUCAUCCACCUUUGCCAGAAAUACCCUUCUCUCCUGCAAAAGACUUAAGCAGUACUAAUGUUAACACUAGCCCAUCAAAGCUUAGACGAAUUAAAAGUUUUAGUGCUGGCUCAACGGGGCGUAGCCGCAGACAUGAAGAGCUUAGUCCCAGCAAAGAAACAAGAAAAGAUAAAGUUGUUCUUAACUUGUCUCCACUUCAAACGUCAUCACCAGAUUCACUCAACGASUCUCCGCUCAGUAGAAAAGGAAGUACUUCGAGUAGCUCAGGUAGCGCAAGAAAAAAAUUUGUACAAMGAAUUCUUUCYCCAAUUCUAAAGUCUUCAACRCUUGACGAGGGCGAAGUUGGMCGAUCSAUCAGCCCUACUGAAGUACCAUUUAGUCCAGAUUUURGUGAUGUACUGCUGAACGGAGGUCCUCGCGGGCUCGUGGACAUCGACUCACUCACUUUCGCUAAGGAGAUAACACUAAUUGACAAGGAGUUGUUUGUUAGGAUACUAUGGCAUGAACUCGAGAGUUGUGGCUGGAUGACAAAGGACAAGUACGUUCGUUCGCCUAAUGUAAUGGAGAUCGUAGAGUUCUUUAAUCGAAUAGCUUUAUUGGUCGCUACGGAAAUCCUUGCAGAAGAAACACCACAAGCCAGAGCACGUGUCAUCUCUAAAGUUAUUCAGAUUGCAGACAAAUGUCGGUUGCUUGGAAAUUUCAACUCACUAAAGGCUUUAAUGGCGGGUCUUCAGUCAACGCCUCUUUAUCGGAUGAAGGAAACUUGGAAAGAAGUUUCAUCGAAGAGAAAAAAAAAAUUCCGAGAUUUAUCGAUUCUUAUGGGAGAGAGCGAUAACUUCGCGCUGUACCGUAAAGAAAUGGCCAACUGUGUUGCUAAUGGCGCUUGUCUUCCAUUCUUGGGUGACUUUCUUACUCAGAUUGCCCAGUCCCAGGCUUUCAUGUCAGUUAAGAGAAAAAGACAAAAAAUAACAAAAGACACACAGCCGGAUGACAGCACCGAUGGCUCGCCCGUAAAUGGCGUGACAAAGUGCAAUGGCGUUACACCACUGUCUCACAACGAAGUCAACUCCUGUCCUGCCACUCCUAGGGAAUUUUCCCCAGACACAUCAUGUAACUUGAUAGACGAGAAACGAGAGACUACAGUCACGUGUUCGUUGCAUGACGUUUUCUCACGUGAYAGGCCGAAGCGAAGUUCGACGCGUAUGAAACUGCGAAGGUUUUAUAGUCGACAGAACAGCACGGAGAUCGAAACACCCUUCAAUCACAACAGAAAUCACAGCGCAGAGCUUCUCGACGUCCACCGCUUCAAGUCMAAACUAAUGCCAGCAAGUUCUGACUCGGUUAUYUCGAACUCCAAUAGCUCAAAUARUCACUAUGGUAACAGYCCUCGCACGCCAUCKUCCAGUAGACCACCGCUGCUACGGCGCAUGUCAGAGAGUGCUUCAUCGUCCUUCUUCAGCGGARGUUYAUCUGGUAAACCUAAAAGACGGUUUUCAGAAAGCUCCAAGUCGUCAAAGCCAAGACGGUUCUUUCUAGAUGGUCUAGUGCGACGCAGUACCAGUAGCAACUCGGUCAAAGAUAGCCGUGCUCAUAGGGGAAURACUAACGAUGURCUGGGACAUAGCUUUAGUACACAGUCCAUACGAGARGGCUCRGUAAAUUCACACGAGGUUCUGGGKAAAAGCGUCAGCACUCCUUUAAUUAAAGAUGGUUGUAAUUUGCUGUCACGAGAUAUCUCGCAGGAUGUCUCGCGGGAUUGUUCCUGCGAACGACUUGAGAGUUCGUCGACGUUUGACGAAGAGCGAUGGCAGUCUCUGGUUAGAUCGUCAGAUAGUAGUAAUAUAGCCGGCACAGAGCUACAACUCAUCAAGUACCAGAUGGCCGCUGUACAGUAUGACUUCAUUAGCAAUCCUGAAGUCCGUCAGUUUCUGCUUAACGCCUCGUUCAACACUGAAGAAGAAAAUUACAGACUCUCUCUCAAACGAGAACCACCYGUCAAGGCCACGUGAUUGGYUAAGUCGCUAUACCUCUGACUGAAUUCCGUGUGGGCCGUCCCCAUUCUCUUUGCGUUAAUACACCGUUCAGUGCGACGCUAUAACUUCCGGCGUAAUUAAAUGUGAUGCCACAUGGACUGUAUGACGUCACCUCAACUAUUUGGACAUUGCAACUAUGAUGAUGUCACAGCAAGCAUACAUAACGACGUCAUUCUCUCUAUAUCGACUAUAUCCUGACUGCUAUGAGGCCACGUCGACAAGAAUGACGUGACAUCAUGAUGGCGCCAUUCUGACAAAACUUAUGGCGAUAUUUAUCCCUCUUGCAAUGACGUUGGAAAGAACUUACGCAGAAACUGUUUUGAACAUUGGAUUCAGUAGAAGAGAAGAUUGCUUGGAGCUCUUGGAGAGCUCUUGUCAUGGAAAUGGGACAUAAACAUUUCUUGGGGGAAUUUGAAAUCAGUGUAGCAGAGUAGCAAUCGUAAACCUGCGGA